AUGACGCCGAACAGCAAUAUGGGAUUGUUCAUACAAAUUCCUGUAUUGGACUCAGUUUCUGACAAAGUAACUUAUGCUGUUCAGAUUAUAACUAAUACAAUAAGCGCAAUUUAUAUUAUCACGAUUGAUUUGGGAGUUAUUUUCAUUGGCAUUGAAAUUAUGGCAGUUCUAAACAUUCUCAACGAUUACAUGAAAUUGAUCGACAAGAAAGCUAAGGAAAUUCCUAAUUAUCUUAAACUUAUCAUAAUUCGUCACAAUGAUAUGAUUGACAAAGUGAAUUUGUUCAACGGUGCCAUUCAGAAGACAGGAUUUGUUCAGGUCACGACUAGAAUUUUUCAAAUUUUACUUCUGUGUUUGUUCGGUGAGCUUAUCAAGAUGAAAACCGAGCGACUUUCGGAGACUCUUUACCUCACAAAUUGGUACGAAUUGAGCGUGAAGGAUCAGAAGAUGUUUCUUCUCGUCCUCGCGAUGGCGCAGAAGGAUUUCGGACUUAAAGCAGCCGGAAUGUACGACGUGAACUUGAAUGCUUUCGUUCAGAUCAUGAAAUUGGCGAUUUCUUAUUGCGCAGCUUUGCAUGCUUUGAGCAAGUGA